AGUGAGAUGAUGUGGGCUUCAUUGAGUGGAGACUAACGGACUGUAAAGUUUGCUGGAGUGGAGGUCAGCUGUUAGGUUCCAAAGACGCUGUUGCUAUUCUGGGGCCUUGUUGCCUCUCUCUCCUUCUCUCUCUCUCUCUCUCUCCCUGCCUCUCUUUCUCGUUCACUGCACCUCUCCUUCUCCAUCUCUCUCUGUUCUCCUGAGGUGACAUUUGGGCAGGUGAACAUGUCUAACCCCUGCUCCAGUCUUCUGGAGCUGCUUGGAUUAAUAGUGGGCACUGGGGCCUGGUUCUGCUCGCUGGCCGCCACGCUCAUGCCCUCAUGGCAAAGCCUGUCCACCGAGCUGCUGUCUGCAGAGAGCUACGAGGUGGGCCUGUGGGAGACCUGUGUGGUGCAAGAGGGGGGGGCUACAGAGUGCCGUGAGUACGACAGCCUGCUGGGCCUCUCUCAUGACAUCAUGCUGGCCCGCAUCCUUAUGUGUCUGUCGGACGCCUUGAGCCUGUUGGGCAUCAUCAUCGCCAUCCCUGGACUGAAACAAGUGAAGAGCUGUCAGUGGGAGGAGGGCUGGCGGGUGAAGCGUGGGAUGAAGAUCACAGCAGGGGUCCUGUGCUUAAUAGCUGGCAUUGUGGGACUCGUUCCUGUCUCCUUCAUGGCCCACGAUAUAGUGAAGAAGUUCUUCGACCACUCAUUGCCAGAGGUGGUGCCUCGCUUUGAGUUCGGAGAUGCGAUGUUCGUGGGCUGGGCCGCAGGGUUUCUCCACGUGGUCGCAGCGAUCCUGUUCUUCGCCUCCUGCUCAGGGUUGGGCUAUGCCGAGCCACGUCUGGUAUUCCACCAGCGCCAGAACGAGUACCUGACUUCUUCAGGACCAUCAUCAAAAGAGCGCACAGAGUAUGUUUAACAGACUUUCAAUGAGUACACCUACAGCUGUACCACUGGGACAUUGAACAAUGGGACAAAUUAUUGCUAAAAUUGCUAUUUUUUAAACUGUUCUCUGAAAAUAUUAUUCUUAAGAGCUUGUAGCUGAAUGAUGGACUUCCCUCCAUAAUUCCCUGUUCCGUGGAAAACAACUGCACUCACACUGCUCUUACUUUUCUUUGGCCACUGCAGUGCAACAGGUAAAUCAUUUGAUUAAACCUACCAGUAUGUGGUGUGUCAACACCAGUAAUUUGUUCACUUUUGCAGUGCUGAUAUUCAUGUGCAUACUUUUUCCUGGCCAAAGGCAGUUUUCCUUGCUAUCCAUAUGUCUAUGCUUCACAUCAAUGUACUAUUUAAACGUGCAU